AUGGCCGACAGGAGAACGGUAGUGUACGAUGCUGAAGCCGGCGACGAUCAUGAGAGGCAAGGGACGGUGUGGACGGCGACGUCGCACAUCGUGGCGGCGGUGGUGGGCUCCGGCGUGCUGGCGCUGGCGUGGACGGUGGCGCAGCUGGGGUGGGUGGUGGGCCCCCUCGUCCUCGUGGGCUUCUCCUGCGUCACCUACUACACCUCGGCGCUGCUCGCCGACUGCUACCGCUACCCGGACCCCGUCGACGGCGCCGUCAACCGCGAGUACAUCGACGCCGUCCGAUGCUACCUCGACCGGAAGAACGUGGUGCUGUGCGGGUGCGCGCAGUACGUGAACCUGUGGGGCACUCUCGUCGGCUACACCAUCACCGCCAGCGCCAGCAUGAUCGCGGUGAAGCGCGUCAACUGCUUCCACCGAGACGGCUACGGCGCGGCGGGGUGCAACCCAUCGGGGAGCACGUACAUGGUCGUCUUCGGCCUCUUCCAGCUGCUGCUCUCGCAGCUCCCCAGCCUCCACAACAUCGCGUGGCUGUCCGUGGUCGCCGUCGCCACCUCCUUCGGCUACUCCUUCAUCAGCCUGGGCCUGUGCGCCGCCAAGUGGGCGUCCCACGACGGCGGGAGCGACGUCCGCGGCACGCUGGCGGGCGCCGCCGUCGACGUUCCCCGGGAGAAAGCCUUCAACGUGCUGCUGGCGCUGGGGAACAUCGCCUUCUCCUACACGUUCGCCGACGUGCUCAUCGAGAUCCAGGAUACGCUGCGGGCGCCGCCGGCGGAGAACAAGACCAUGAAGAAGGCCUCCUUCUACGGCCUCGGCAUGACCACCGUCUUCUACCUCGCGCUCGGGUGCACGGGCUACGCCGCGUUCGGCGACGACGCGCCGGGAAAUAUUCUGACCGGGUUCGCCUUCUACGAGCCGUUCUGGCUCGUCGACGUCGCCAACGUCUGCGUCAUCGUGCACCUCAUCGGCGCCUACCAGGUGUUCGCGCAGCCCAUCUUCGCGCGGCUCGAGUCCUGCGUCGCCUGCCGAUGGCCUGACGCCAAGUUCAUCAACGCCACCUACUACGUCCGCGUGCCGCCGUGCCUCCUCCUCCGGUCGUCGACUUCCUCGCCGCCGGCGACAGUGGCCGUGGCGCCGCUCAAGCUGGUGCUGCGCACCAUCGUCAUCAUGUUCACUACGCUGGUGGCGAUGCUGCUGCCCUUCUUCAAUGCCGUGCUGGGGCUCAUCGGCGCGCUCGGGUUCUGGCCGCUCUCCGUCUACUUCCCCGUCAACAUGCACAUGGCCAGGCUCAAGAUCCACCGCGGCGAGCUCCGGUGGUGGUUGCUGCAGGCCAUGAGCUUCGUCUGCCUCCUCAUCUCCAUCGCCGCCAGCAUCGGCUCCGUGCAGGACAUCGUGCACAACCUCAAGGCCGCCGCGCCAUUCAAGACCGGAAACUGA